CAAAAAUUCAGCCAAAACAAAAUGGGAGCGUCGUUGGACACUCCCGCGAAGUGUCCUCUGUGUAACGAGCUGACCCGGGACCCCAUCACUCUGAAAUGUAACCACCGGUUCUGCCAACGGUGUAUCGGAGAUUUGUGGAGUGUUACCCCCAACGGGCCGUACCACUGCCCGGAGUGGAGGUGUAAAACAGCGUACCAGACUCUGCCGUUUGACAGCAAACUGCUGCCCAACAACAUUCGAUGGGCUCAGCCUCGUAGCGCUGCAGGCACAUCCAGUAAUGAUGAACAGAAAACACUUGACUCCACACUGCGGAGGCCUUCACUCACCAGCCGGCUUCUCGGGAAGAGAAAAGCCAGCACACCUGUAUCAGAGCAACCUGACACAAAGCGACCAACUGUGGCAUCUCCCCGUAAGCAGUCCAAUGACACCGACACUGCCACCACUUCCUUCUCAGAUAAACCUGGGCCGUCGACUAGUGUGGAGACAUCCCAGAAAGCAGUGCACCUAGAAUCUACGCAGUCGGAGAGUGGUGAUGGCACAUCCUCCAGUGACAACUUUGACAAUAAGGCAGCACCUGCAGGUGAUGUGCAGCAUGACCUCUCAAUCCAGCAGGACAAGCAUAAAUCAGUAGAAGUCGUCUCAUUGGAUGACUCUGACACAUCAAAUGAAGUAGAUAUAUGUGAUGCACCUGCUCUUCCAACCCCCAAGAAAGACACACAAGUGACAGGAAUUAAUGUUUUGCCAAAGAAUCCUGCCACAUCUUCCAACUCUGAUUCCUUUCCUGGGGUCUCAACUCCUGAUAAAGGUAAGUCUCCUGUACACCAUGUCAGCAAGUCACCCCUGGUAUCCACCAAACAUCCCGUUGAUGCUCCAGGAUCCCCAAUACGGGUCGCCAUCCUCCCGGCGUCAGAGAGCCAAAAGGCCACCCCUGUGCCCUGCCAUUAUUGCCCUAAAACUAGGUAUCAGUCCGCUGUCAAGACCUGUCUGGUGUGUGGAGCUUCCAUGUGUACGGAGCACUUGCGUCCCCACCUGGACUCCCCAGUCUUCCAGAAUCACACCCUGGUCCCUCCCAUGGAGGAUUUUUCUCCCUGGAGGUGCCAAGAGCACCAGGAGAUAAACCGUAUCUACUGUCGGCAGUGUGGAGUGUGUGUGUGCACAGUGUGUACUGUCAUAGGCUCACACCGCAACCACGUCUGCAUCAGCAUCAGGGAGGCAGAGAUAGAGCUCAGGGGGAACCUAAAAGAAGAAAUUAAGCAACUUCAGGAAGCUGAGCAGGAAGUGAAGAACAGGGUGACUGAACUUGCACAGAAGAAAGAUGACUUUAGAGUGGUUUUGGGUGAGGCUCGAGCAGGGGUCCAGCAGCAGUAUGGAGCCAUCCGAGAGGCCCUGGAGCAGGAGGAGGAAUCAGCUCUUCAGUGUGUGACGAAGGAGGAGAACAGGGUUCUGGGGGGACUAGAGGAGAAACUCGGCCACCUCCGGAACUCCCUGCAAUCCAUCCAGCAAGGCCUUCACACCCUGGAGGGACUGGCUGAUGCGAAGGGAGACAAACGCAUUAUGGACCAGGUCUUCAUUAUGGAGUACAGCAAGGUAGCCCAACUGGCAAGUAGCAUGGGGAGCUGUGUGGACCAGUUCGAGGCUCCGGAGGAAGUGGAUCAGGCUCGGCUGAAAUGUCUGCAGAGGUGGACCGAGAAACGUCUGGACACAGUCAUCAUCACUGUGCCUGGCAAAUACAGAGACCUCUACAGACUGCUAUAUGGCACCACCCCUUUGCUGGAUGCAGAUACAGCCCACCCCAAGCUGCAGCUGUCUGAUAACAACAGGAAGGUGACCUACAGCGAAUCCCAGCAGGCCUACACAGAGCAGGAGGCUCGCUUCAGCUCCUUCCCACAGGUCCUGGCCUCCUGUUCCCUGGAGGGGGGGCGCUGGUACUGGGAGGUGAAUGUGCCUAUGGAUGAAGGUCGCUGGAAGGUGGGGCUGUGUGAGGGUCAGAUAGAGAGGAAAGGCCAGAAGGACAACUCUCGUCUGGGCUUCAACUCCUACUCCUGGUGCCUGGCCUGCGACAAAAAGAAGAUGGAAGCUCUGCAUAACAAGGUGGCGGUUCCUGUGGUUGCAGACGGGCUGCAGAGGGUAGGAGUGUUCCUCGACUUCGAGGAGGGUAUUUUAUCAUUCUUUAAUGUGACACCAGGGGGCAGUCUAGCUUUAAUGUAUUCCUACAACCACAGCUUCACUGACCCUCUGUACCCAGCCUUGUCUGUGUCUAAAACACACCUGGCCAUCUGUGAUCUGUUUGAGUCAUGAACCAUGCAACACUGGGAUGUCAGUUGAGCUGGAAAUGUACAGAAUACACAGGAGCGUAGUGAAUAUGUAAAAACUAUUUCAUCAUUAAUAAAUGUACUAAUCUGUUAAAUUCUUUAUGCACUGGAUUAUUGAUGCUCUACUAUUGCAAAAAAAACUCAAAUUGGAUUUUAUAUGCAUUUAUAUCAUGGUAGUACUGGACUUGUACCAUACAAGAGACCAUUCAUUAUACCAUGUAGCAUAUUUUUAUAACUGGAUUUUAAGUUUCAUAUGCUUCGGAUUUUACAUUGUCAAAGAACAAAUGAGCAAGUUUUUACAUUGGAUGAAUUUUAUCAAUGCAAAUCUAUAAAAAAGUUAUUUCUAUUUUGAA